AUGCAGGGUGUUUUUACCACCUCCGCACUUUUUCUUAUUCUCCCCACCCUCCUACUCUUCUCCCACUUUCCCCAUAUGGUCAAUGGAGACUGUUGGCUCAUUGAGGGGGACAAAGGCUACGUGUGGCUGGCUAUCUGCAGUCAGAACCAGCCGCCCUACGAGACAAUCCCCCAGCACAUCAACAACACCGUCCAUGACUUGAGAUUGAAUGAAAACAAGCUGAAAGCUGUGCUCUUCAGCUCCAUGUAUCGCUUCACCAACCUGACUGACCUCAACCUCACCAAGAAUGAAAUCAGCUAUAUUGAGGAUGGAGCCUUUGCAGGACAAGCCAACCUACAGGUCCUCCAGCUGGGUUACAACAAGAUGACAAACUUAACUGAGGGUAUGAUGAGAGGACUCGGACGGAUGCAAUGCCUCUUCCUCCAGCACAACCUCAUUGAAGUUAUUGCCAGCAAUGCAUUCUGGGAGUGCCCUAGCCUCAGCAGCAUUGACCUGUCAUCCAACAGACUUGGCCGCAUUGACCCAUCUACGUUCACGGUCCUGAAUCGACUCAUGGUGUGUGAACUGGCAGGAAACCCAUUCCACUGCGGCUGUGAUCUCUACAGCUUCCUCACCUGGUUGGAGUCCUUCAACAACGUAACACACACCUAUGACCGCCUCCAGUGUGAGACGCCUCGGGAGAUGUUUGGCUACCCCUUACUUAUUGCUACUGGCCAUGCUGGUCGAAAUGCUAAAAAGAUUUUGAACCAUCACUGCCGAGAUGGAGUGAUGAUUCCAGGGAUGACUUCACUCCCACCAGAUCUGGAUGGUCCUUCCGGGUUCGAACCAGAGCGGAUUGGAGCUAUUGGGCAGCCCACCACCUCUUCCUCAUCCACUGAAAACAGCUUUAUUCCCAGUAUCAAGCUUCAGCAUGUCUCUUUGUCCUCAGCCUCUCUCUUUGUACAGAUUCCAAGGCCCUACAGCAAAAUGUAUAUUCUGACACAAUACAACCACACAUAUGUGUCUGACGUUAUGAAUUUGAAGAACAAGAAGGAGAUGAUCACCCUUAACAAGCUCAAGCCACACACCAAUUAUACCUUCUGUGUAGCAUCCAUACGAAACUCUCAACGUUACAACCACACCUGCCUCCAGUUUGCAACUCGAGCUCAAAAUCAAGAUGACUUGCUCCCCACACCUUCCACCACUACUCACUACAUCAUGACCAUUGUGGGCUGCCUUUUUGGCAUGCUCAUUGUCUUAGGCUUUGUCUACUAUUGUCUUCGUAAGAAACGGAUGCAUGAUGACAAGAGGAAGUCCAUCUGUGUCAAGAAAACUAUACUAGAAAUGCGCUAUGGACCAGAAGUGGCGGCAGCAGUGGCAAAUGAUCCAAUGGCAGUCCACAAGCUUCAGGAGCAGUCCAGAGAACAUCACCAGUAUCAGCACCACCAUGGAGGCAAACUUCCCAUGUCCCAAUCCUCUAGCUCGGGAAUGCUCCACUCAGCAAACACCAGUUCCUCCAGACUUUCCUCUAUCCCACAAGUGGAAAAGAUGGCUACUGCCUUUUCAGAGGCCUUGGCUACAAGUAAAGGAAACUAUAUGGAUGUCAGAACUGGUGGGGCUGGGAUGGAGCGAUUGGGAGAUGGUGGUCAUGGAGGGAUGGACUUGAGGGACGAUGAUGGUACUGAUAUAGGAGAUGACUCAGAUGAUGACGGACAUGGCUCUGCAUCUGAGAUUUCCACCAUUGCCAUGGAGGUGGACAAAGUUAACCAGAUCAUUAACAACUGCAUUGAUGCACUUAAGCUGGAUGCGGCAGCAGUCGCUGCUUCAGGGGUCUCUAAUAACCCAACAGCCUGCUCCAAUCCCACCUCCCCUCCCCCCACCAGCACAUCCUCUCUGACUCGUGGCCUAAUCCCACUCUCCCAAGGGUUGUCAGAUAUGUGCCAAGUCAGUGCUCCCACCAAAAUACCCCCUCCGCCUCCACUCCCUGCCUUGAAUGCUCCUCUCUGUGAGCGCCCAGGGAUCAGUGGUGGUGGAUUUGUUGUCAGUCCCCCCUACAGGCCUCCUCCACCAGCUACUGCUGUACGUCCCAUCCAGCGGCAAAUGAGUGCAGAUGCCGCUGUGAUUAUUGCAAAUUCUGUCAAGAAACAGUCCAGCACCACCUCUUGUGGGUCCAUGGGUCGGGACAGGGAACGUGGAGGAGCUAGGGUUUAUAGCCUGGAAGUUUCUGAGCCUCGGAGCCCAGAUGCCUGUAAACAACAGCCACAGUACCAAGACAGAGCCAGUCCCGUGGGCUGUGGGGAGCCCCUUGAAAGACUGCCUUUAGUGGGGAGUGGGAGCUGCGUUGGAGGGGGUGGUGGUGGUUGCGACAGCGGUGGUGUUGGUGCACAACAUCAGGACAACCAGAAGCAAAACCAUUACCAUCAACAACAGAAAAUACAUCACCAACAGCAGCAGCAGCAGCAGCAGCAGCAGCAGCAGCAGCAGCAUCAGCAGCAUCAACAGCAUCAGCAGCAGCAGCAGCAGCAGCAGCAGCAGCAGCAGCAGCAGCAACAGUUGGAGGUGCAGCAGGACUACCACUGCUCGGAGCACCGCCACUCCGUCCCAGCUCUGUAUUAUGAAGGCUCCCACCAAGGCUCCCCAGCCCAGAAGGUUUCCUUCCUAAAGCCCUUGACGCGCUCCCGCAGGGAUGCAGCCUCUUACUCCCAGCUUUCUCCUGCCCGUCACCAUUCCAGUUACUCCGGCUACUCCUCCAGCCCUGAGUACUCCUCAGAGAGCUCGCUGCGGAUUUGGGAGCGUUUUCGUCCUUACCGGAAAGGCCAGCGUGAUGAGGCCUGUUAUGUGACGGCCGGGAACGCCCUUAGAAAAAAGGUGCAGUUCGCUAAAGGCGAGGACCUGCAUGACAUCCUUGAUUACUGGAAAGGGGUGUCGGCACAGCAGAAGCUGUGACUGUGGGACCAGAGAUAGGCAUUGCAGAAAAAAGAGUUUGGAUAAUUUCCUUUCAUGCCUGCUGGCUAGAGAAAGGAUAUGAGGAUAAUGUAGAGAACAUUGAGGACAAAACUUUGCCUUUGUUAUGUUUUUUGGCAUGCUAGGUGUAUAGAAUAUUGUGCUAAAGCAAGGACUGUGAAACUGUGCCUGGGAUUCGAGAAUCAUUAUGGUGUUUUAUUUUACACUUUGUUGUAGCACUAUUUCUGGAUCAUUCUCAUUUAGUGUUGGUGGGUUUUAUUUAUAGCACAGAAAGCAAAUUCCAACUGUGUAAUUCUGUACUUCUGAGUGAUUAUGUUUGUGAUCAGAUGGACCGUCUCUAUCAGUGCCACAUUUCCAUCUAUGGAUAAUCCCAGGAGGUAAAUGCUGAUAUCCUUCAUUUUAAGCUUUUGUGAUCCAAUAUGUUGUUUUCUAUUUGGUUUUGGGUGCUGUGUUAAUUUGCACUUGGAUAUGUUUAGACUUCGAGGCAAAGGGAGACUAUGGAUGGUAGGAUCUGUGCUCUGUUGUCAAGUGACAGCAUGCCGUUUAGUGAACAUAGUUGUCAAAUGCAGACCCUAUCUCUCUUCAUGCGGAUGAGGUAUCAUUUGCAUGUCAAUAGCAUCUGUCACACUGGAGAAAUGGAAAGAAAUAACAAAAGAAUAGGGAAAAGCAGUCAAGAGGGCUUGAAGGUCCUGAGAGAGAAAGAGAUUAAAGUGGUACAUUUGCCUAAAAUAUUACUUUAUUUCUCCCCAGAAGUGUUCAACACAUUUCAAACUAACUCCCUUGCAUGGUUCAAUGAGUGGUGUAAAGAAUGUUGUCCUGCAAAUGUCCCUAUCUGUCCAAAACAGCAUUUGCCCAUGUAAUGAUCAGAAUAUUGAGCGUGAUUUGAAGUGCAGAAGGCAAAAUCCUUUUUAUUUAUGAAGAUAGUUAAAUGCUACUUACCUGUACAAUAGAUAGCUGUCACAUUUAACCAUGUUAAAGAUGAGCUCAUACAAUCCCCAAAGAAUACAUGUAAUAUACGCAACAAUGGAACAGGAGAAAUUGAAAGCGAGAGGGGGUUUAAGAAGAACAAAGGAAGCAAAAGCAAGGAUAUAAAUAUGUUUUUUUUUCUGCAGCCACUGUGAACGUAAGUAGAUUACAAGCAGGUUAUGCGGAAAUCUAUUUGCACCAUUCAAUGUAAGCACUGGAGUACAUUCCAAAUCCUUUCCCUACAUUAAAAACGGGAAGAGGCACAGAGGGAAAGGACACCUCUAAUUACUGCCAACAUGUCUGUUCUUUUCUGGAAAUUAAUGCUAUUGUUGUCUAUUGAUAACUGAAUUAGCCAACUUGUGACAGGCAUGCUCGCUCGCACUUUACGCCUCAUGAUUGUGUGUGUGUGUGUGUGUGUGUGUGUGUGUGUGUGUGGCUGUGUGGUACACAGUGGUAAGUAUAAGUGGGUAUUAGCAUGCCUUGUCAGAAUAUAUUGUAUGUGCCCAAAUUUACCUAAAUUAAUAGUUUUCAUAUAUUGCCUAUUGGGUGGUUGUUUGAGUCUAAACAAUACUAGAUUAUUAAUGGCAUGGACAAAUGUAUAAAUCUCAACAAUGUUAAUGUUAUUGUCCAUUAAUGCUCAGAUAUACAUACCACAGUAGUGCAGUGCCUCUUGCUAACACAGCCAUGAUCUAAUCUCCAUUCUUGUAUAGUAUUAUCCACCCAUCUGGCCUUUUCUAUAAAACAAUGUACUUGUGAUUUUCCUAAUGAUAGUGUUAUUGUCAGGCAUUCUGGCAAAAGGCCUCCUGCUUUCCCAAAGUGCUGUGUAGCCUUUGGAUUUUUGCUUUCACUGCUGACAUACACAAUCUGAGAUCACACCCGAAAAAUGUGAAAAACUGAAUCAGAGGUCCACAGUUUUGUUCAGGGCUUUAUUCAUUUUUAAUCUCUUCUUUUCUGUGGAUGGUGUGUUUUGAUCCAUCUCCCACUACCUUCCCUGCUCCCAUAGUUCCAAUGGUUCAGCAUGAGGCACUUCCUGUUGUUUUAUCAGAUGGUAAGAGGAAGUAAUUGCCCUUCUUUCCGCCACAGGUAAUAGGAUGAGGGUCUGUUCAACACCUAUCAACAUUGCUUUCCUUUUCUUUCUUUUUUAUCCUCUGAAAAAAAUCCAGGUUGAACAGGACUCAGUAUGCAAAUAUGAGAGGGUGGAGUGUUAUGAUACCCCCGUAUUGAUUGUUUUUUCUUCCUCUCUCUUUGUUUCAUGAAUCUAUCUCUGUCUCCUUUCCCUUGUCUUAUAAAGAUGUGUGCAUACCGUCGGGGUCAGAGGUCAUUACCCUUGGAGUCAGUGUGCUGAUGUGAGUGUUUACAAUUGAUGGAUUCAAGAGUCUCAUGGUCACCUUUUAAAAAUCGCGUAUCUGGGAUGCACCACCUUAUCCGCCUUCUUUUUAUGAUAAAGCACCAUGUGAUGAACAGACAGUCUUGGAAAUGUCUCCCACUCGUCUCCAAUUACCUGAGAUAAGAACAUUUCCAAAGGAGCUUGUUUUACUGUGAUUGACUCAGACAAAUCAGAAGAAAGGAUUUUCUUCGGAGUAAUCCCACUGAAGAAAUUUGGUUCCCAGAUCCUCAACUGCCAUAAUACGUUUACAGACAUGGACACUGAGGAUAAGCGUAACAGCAGAUUUAGAAACAUUCAGUAAUAUCAGGAUUGCUCAUUAUUACAGCUGCCAUUAAUGUUCAUCUAUCUGACAUGAUUUAAUGUGACAGAAAAUCCUGGGUAUUACUGAUUAGAUGGAUGAUUUUUUUAUUUAAUGCAUUUUAAUGACUAUAUUUAACACACACAUAUUUACCAGGAAACUGAUUUUCAGGGGGUGUGAAUGUUUAUGCAACUGCUCUUCUGCUCAAACUUUAUUCACAGAUUUGUUUGAAUUUAUUUCUAUUAUGCCACGUCAUUACCAGCCCAACAAAGAACAUGCUAGAGGGAGAAAUGCCAAGGAUUUAAUGAACAGUGCUAUUGUUUUAGGGGAUAUUGUGUUGUGUCUCAACCUUAAUAAUCAAUUGAAAGCCCGCUCCCAAAAUGACCACAAGAUAAUCAUGCAAAAUCCAAAUGUGAUUAUAUCUUCAAUUGUCACCGCACAGGAUAGCUUUGGAUUAAAAAGAGACAUCCGCUUUGAAUAACUGACUGAUCUGAAUUAUCUAAAUCUCAAACAGGACCGGUAAUAUCUCUCAAAGUCAUGUCCUUCUACCUGUGCCACAAAGCCAGCAUCAAACAAAAAAGCCUUGUCUUCCUUCCCAUGCUGCUCAUAUCCUCGUUGAACCCCUGGAGGGAGGCUCAGUCAGUGAUCAAUGGUCCUUUUUGUAGCACCGUCCUUGUUGUUUGUCUCACAGCCACAGGAAAGCUAGACGUGAGAAAGCCAUCUAAUGUGCUAUUAAUGUUUCAUCCUUUCUGUGGGUGGCUGGCUCGGGUUGCUGCCCCUAUCCGUCUAUACCACAAGAAAUCACAGAUGGUUUCUGAUGUUAUUUCUUUGAUGCUAUCUUUUAACUAGGCUGGCCUGAUUAAACCAACAUUUAGUUGUAUAAAUAAUGAAUUACAGCCAAAAAUGGGGGUGUGGACUUAUGUCUAAUCAGUUUAGUUAGUUUAGUUUAGUUACUAAAUGCUUUCAUUAGUAAAGACCAGAGUAAAAGUUUUCCAUCCUCCCAUGACACACUUAACUUUUUAUCCAUGUCAUGCGUCAUUAAGGCAAUCUCACUCAAAGGGAGACUUUGCUUUUACGAGUGAUCAUCAUCAUUGGGAUGUAAUCUGAGGAUACGGUCUUAAUUACUAAUGCAGAAAAAAAAAAGCUGUGUAAUCUCAAUACGUUUUUUGGCGUAAUGAUUUACUUGAUCAUCUUUUUACAAGGAGAGAAAAAAAACUGUACACAAUCUGCACAUUAUUCUAAUUUCUAAACCACAGAAGUAAUAUAUUCUAUUAUGUAACCAAGAGAAAACUGGAUUAGAUGACCAAUAUCCAGCAGUAAGACACAUGACACAUGAAAUAUUUUAAUUAUAACAUGUCGAAUAACCCAUGUUGACACAAUCACAGCAAACCUAUUUUUUACAUGUGGUUUAUUAUGUAGCCAAUAAGUGAUUUUAAAACCUUUUUCCCUCCCCGACAAACACACACACGGCAAGAGUAGUCGGCAAAAACUGGAAAAUGCACAAGUGAGCCAGAAUGAGUCACAGUGUGACUAAACCAAAAAUGACUCUUUUCCUGAAAGGCAGGUAAUGGGCAAGGUCUUCAAAGAGAAGAUAGCAAUGGGAAGGGGAUUUUGGCUUAAUGCACGCAGACAUCUGGGAUAAAGGAUGUGGAAAUAUGGCUACACUAAAACUAACCGUGCAUGAUUCAUGUUGCUGCAAAAAAAGAAAACACACACACCAAAGGAAAGAGACACACACAUAAGAAAGUAUAUUGUGGGAACCGGUCUGACAAAAUAUUCAAAAAAAUCAGCACGCCUGGCAACUGAGACAUCCCUAAUUCUUUAUUUGCACUUAGUUUCAAGGCAGGUGACAGACAGGUAUAUUCAUUGAGAAUCGGUUUUAAAUCCUUUCAUUUGGUAUCUUCAGACCUUUUAUCUAAUGGGCUAUUAGGUUUGAUAUAUUACUGUGCGGGAGAUUGCCUUUGUGGAUAUUGUAACACAUUUCAUAAAAGGAACCACACUGUUGAUCUUCUCCUGAAAGCUACAGAAGGCACAAUAAGAUGUGUGGAAAAAUGAAACACAUGCCAUUUUGUAAAAUGUUGCUUUAAUGCAAAACUGUAUCCAUCAAAAAAAAUGAAGAAAGCAAGUCAUUUGAGAUGAAUGAAAUAUGUUUUGGCCGACUGCUUUGUUGGUCAUUCUUUAAUGAGGCAGCUCUGACUGGCUUAACACUGCCAACGCUGCCUUUACAACUGCCAAGCAGUUUUUAAAUCUACAAAUGAAAAGCCUGACAUUUUUAUGUUGGAAGCAUUCACAAACAACUAAAUGUCUUCAUUAAGAUAUAUCAGACAUGUUUCAUGUUUUUACGCCUUGAAGAAGCAUCCUGCAAAACCAUUAAAGCUUUACCUGAGCUGUUUUGAUUUUAAACCCUGCAUAGAGUUGGCAUUUUAAUGACUUUUCUUUCAGGUUGAGAAAGCUCUGGUCAUUCUAAACAAAGUUUUUUUUGAGCAGAAGAGCAUUUGCAAAUCCUAAAAGAAAGCCAAGUAAGGCUAUUAUUUGCCACCUGA